GCCUCCACAUUCAUGUUCAUUUUAAAGCAAUAUCUCUAUUCCUCUUCAGCACUGCUUUUUCCCCCCCUUCAAUAUAAGUUGUCUGAUUCUGUGUUAAGUGAAGGAGAUAACCUGGUAGAGGUUGUCUCUUUAAAUCAGAUCUGCAGUGUUGAUGGACCCUCUAGCAGGCAUGGUAGGAACCAUUCUCACCUCUGCAGCAGUGAGCUUGACCAUACAGACUUAGACAUGCAAUGGAAAUGCCUUGCUUUCUUUUGAUACUGUAUGUUCUCUACCAGUCCUAUUCCCAUGGUUACAGCUCCUGCUUCCAUGGAUGCUUCCAUUCUGCUGGGAGGAAUAGGCAGAGAGAGAAAGAGAGAGAGCGAGAGAGAAAACACGUUCUUAGUGCUGUAGUUUGAAACAGAAUGAAAGCAGCCCUGUUGUGACUUGCAUUUUCAAUUUUUUUCCUCCUCUCUCUCUCCCCUUCCUUCUUCUCUCCCUGAUGUACAGAACACCGUAGCUGUAGCUUCCAUUGAUUUGCCACAGUCUGUCUUUGCACUGUCUCCGUCCUUGCAAUCUGUUGAUAACUCCACAUGCAAGCUACAGCUUAUUGUCUUUAGGAAUGGGAAACUGUUUCCUAGCACUGGCAACUCAUCGCGUCUUGCAGAUCAUGGGAAACGUAGGACAGUCGCCAAGCCAGCUGUGCUUUCGAAAAUAGAUGGAUACUGUGUCGGAAACCUCACCAGCCAAGUGACAAUCACCCUGAGACCCACAGCCCAGGGAUCAGACCCCAUCGCCGCCUUUUGGGAUUUUGACCUUCUAAAUGGACAUGGGGGCUGGUGUGAAGAAAGUUGCCACAUAACCACGUCUGCAGGCAACAUUACCACCAUUCAGUGCACGCAACUGGGGAACUUUGCAGUGCUAAUGGAUUUGAAGACUGUGCUGUCCCUCCCACAAUACCCAGGGGAGUUUCUGCACCCCGUGGUUUAUGCAUGUACUGCAGUGAUGCUCUUGUGCCUCUUUGCUUCCAUUAUCACCUAUAUUGUGCACCACAGUACAAUCCGAAUCAGUAGAAAAGGAUGGCACAUGCUACUUAACUUCUGUUUUAAUACUGCCCUCACUUUUGUGGUGUUUGCCGGAGGAAUCAACCGAACAAAUUAUCCGAUAGUAUGUCAAUCUGUCGGAAUUGUUUUGCACUAUUCUACUCUGUGCACAGUACUGUGGAUUGGCGUCACAGCAAGAAAUAUUUAUAAGCAAGUGACAAAAAAACCUCAGCCACCUCCGAAUGCUGAUCAGCCUCAAUUUCCAAAGCAGCCAAUGCUCAGGUUCUACCUUAUAAGUGGAGGAGUCCCCUUUAUCAUUUGUGGAAUUACUGCAGCAACCAACAUGAAAAAUUAUGGAAAUGAAGAACACCUGCCAUACUGCUGGAUGGCCUGGGAGCCCAGCCUUGGUGCAUUUUAUGGCCCUGUCGCAUUCAUCGUCCUGGUCACCUGUAUUUACUUUCUCUGCACUUACAUACAGCUGAAGCGGCAUCCAGAACAAAAGUACGAAUUAAAGGAAAGGACGGAUGAACAACAGAGGCUGGCAGGUGCAGAAACGGGUCAUCUAGCUGAGCCGGGGUCAGUCUCCCAGGCAACCUGCUCUAUGAUUUCAUCGUCGUUAUUGGCAAACGAGCAUUCGUUUAAAGCUCAGCUGAGAGCAGCUGCAUUCACCCUUUUCUUGUUUACUGCAACGUGGACGUUUGGGGCCCUUGCUGUGUCUCAGGAACCUUUCUUGGAUAUGAUAUUUAGCUGCCUCUAUGGAGCAUUUUGUGUCACGCUGGGGCUUUUUACUUUGAUCCAUCACUGUGCAAAACGAGAUGACGUUUGGCAUUGUUGGUGGUCUUGUUGUCCAUCAAAGAAAAACGCAUACCCUGCACCAGCAAUUGCCCGACAGAAAACGAACAUCAACGGGGAUGCGCAUGUCCAUACAACUUGUAUUCAGGAUUCGCCAUGUCCUAAUAAAUCUCCAAUGUAUAAACGCCCACCUGGAGGACAUUGCAAACUGACCAAUAUACAGUCUGCUCAAAACCACGUCAAUUGCCUUUCGCCGGUCACUCCAUGCUGUGCCAAGAUCCACUGUGAACAACUUAUGGAUGAUGAAUCUCAUAUUCAUGUACAUAAUCAAAGUGCUUUUAGGCCCAACAUGCAUGUUCAUAGGUGUUUGAAAAGCAGAACUAAACCACGUUACUUUAGUCGACAAAGGUCCGCUGCAGAGAGAGAAUAUGCUUACCACAUUCCUUCUAGCAUUGAUGGAAGCAUACACAGUUCCCAUACAGACAGCCCACACAGUUCACAUGAGGGCCACACAGGCCACAGAAGGGGAUGCUGUGGAGCAAGUGAUCCCUACCCUACAAUCAGUCAACCUGAAAGCAGCGAUGCAAGUACUGCGAUAUUUAGUUGUGGCAAAAUGCCUGAAACUGACACUGUGCAUCAUGUAACACACUUUGAAAUGCAUCCCCGGAGACAAUCAUUCCCAUUCAAUACAACAAACCCUAACGGAAUACUCAAGGGAAACAUGCAUGAAGCCAUGAUCUAUAGCUCAGAUAGUACAGGAAAUAUUAAAACUGGCCCUUGGAAAAAUGAAACUACUGUGUAGUUCAUGGGUUAGUAGUACAUCCGUCCUUUGAUGCUGGUAAAUCUAUAAAAGCAUUUCAAGUUUACUUGUUAAGUGUUUGUACAGCACACAUAACAUUGUAUGUACAUACAACCCUUAGUUCUGUUUUGUUUCUCCAAAUAUAAAAAGCAGGCGAUGUAGCAUUUGAUUGGAGAAGACAAGGAAAGAGAAAGGGAUACCUGAAAAUAUGGACGCUGACAUAGAAGUUGCUUCUAGAAAUACAUCUAUAUUUGGUAUACAGUAUAUGUAAAGAUUUCCAUAUAGCACUGCCCUGAUUGUGAAUGGAGCUCUAUUGUAAUGCUCCCUUUCUUUUGCACUUUAAAUAUGACCACUUUACCUUCAAUCAAGAAAGUUAGUGUCUCAUGAUUUCAUGGCGCGUGCCCUUGGUUUCUAGUCAUUAUGAUGAAUUUUGCAUUUUGAAAAAGACAGGAGGGCUUUGGGAGGAGAGAAGAGAAAUUAUAGAAGGAAGAGAGAACAAACAUUAAAAAAAAAAGAUCAAAAACAAUUUUUCUCACAACCCUGUCAAUUCUGCAACUUCUUGCUCGAUACUUGAGUAAUUUCUAUGUCAGCAGCAGUGUCCCGUUCUUAACUUAUGAUACUGUUUGUGACUGAGGAGGCAAUAUCUCUUUUCUAUUCAGGAUGAAUAUGAAGUGCAGGCAGCAUUUAUUAAGUACAUCAUCCAGAAAAUCAUAUGAAAGUCUUGCUUGAUAUCAUGUUUGCCUAAUCACAUACAGUAUGUUUAAAGAGGAACUAUCACAAAAAUGAAAAUCUAAUAAAAACUUCAGCAUAC